AUUUAUCAAUGUCAUUUUCCAAUGUUUUUCAAAAUACAACACGUUUUAUUAAAAUAAAACUUAUUUGAUAUGGCUAAAUCAUUAAGAAGCAGAUGGAAGAGAAAAUGCAGGGCAAUCAAAAGAGAAAGAUACGCCGUGAAGGAGUUGGCAAGAUUGAAAAAGAUGCUUGGUGUGAAAGAAGACGAAAAUGUUAAGGAAAGUGAGGUUAUGGAAUCAGAACAGGUGAUUUUCCUCGACGCAGGUCAAAUUGGUAAAAAUAAGAAAAAGAAGAAUGAAGAGAAGCCUGCUUCUGUUGAAGAGGAGGACGUGGAAAUGAGUUCAGACGACGAGAAAGUUGAGGUAGCUGCUGAAAAUGGCAAGAAAAAGGUUUACAGUUCAAAAACAUUGAGGGAUCAAAAUGGCCAGUUUCCUAUAUGGCUCCACAAAAGAAAGAUUGCUAAAAUGACUAAAAGUAAAAAUAAUAUUAAAAAGAAGUCCAAGAAGCGUAGACGAUGAAAUAAAACAAUCUGCUUGUCUAACAUUUAAUUAAAAGUAUUCUUCUCUCUGAAAUAAAGUUGAAAAAUCCUGC